AAAAUAUGGUAUAUGGUAUAAGAGAAAUAUAUGGUAUAUGGUAUCUAAAGGAAUCUGAAGUCUUAAUAUGUCACCAGUUACCUAAAUAUUUUAUCUAAAACAAUUAAACAUGCCUAAUAUGAAUAGCCAUUAGCACCACAACAGAAAUGCUUGACUUUAGUAGACUGUUCCCACACGCCGUGGAUAAUUUAAUCAUGAGAGCAGGCAAUCUGCCAUUUAUUUAUCAUACAAAUGAAAAAUACUACGAGCGAAUGGCGUCUAAUAUACACAUGACUCUUGAUAAAAUGCCCCAAAUUCCCAAGCAGGAGCAUAAUCAUCUGGAUCCUGGAGAAGUACAACUCCUGCAAGACUAUAGAAAAUCAUACCUUCAAGGUGUUCGGCAGCUGGCCAUACGAAGUCAAACUACAAAAGACAAAGUUGGUACACUUCCGCUGUACGCUUAUUCUACACCAACAGUAAAGGAGGAUCAUGAAUAUGUCAAUAUGGAAAUGGAUGAUAUCUUCAAAGGUCAAAACACACCACAACUUAUAGCUAGAUUCGCAAAAAACUCAAUAUUAUGUGUAAAAACACAAAGAGAGGUCCGUCUAUGUGUUGUAUCGAUUGAGGUAACAGACGAUGACAGAUUGAUUCAGGCCAAAUGGCUUGAAAAUACAGAAAGAGAUGUUACAUCAUUUCAUCAAGCUGAAAACACCAUCAUCCAUUUGACGGAAGUUGUUGAAGUUCUUUCAGACAUGAGGUUUAAUGAAGAGGGUGUUUUGAACCUUACUAUUGAGGAAUAUGAGAAUUUAUUCCAAACACCAUCAGAUGAUGAAAAUGAUGAAAUUGAUGAACCUUUAGUGCAAAAAAAGGUGACAGGGGUAUCUCGAGGAAAUAGAAGGCAGACAAGGGUACCCUCAUAUCUUAAUGAUUAUGUAAAUUAAUGAUCAUCAUUCCUGAGUUACAUCAUACAUGUUCACUUGAUUCUAAAC